AUUCUCUGUUUAGUGCUACAAAGGAUUUCCUUGAUAAAAUGACUUAUGUGAACCACCUUGUAGACUUUAAAAAAGUCAUCAUUCUUAUAGAUGAUGAAAUAAGGUCGUCAACAAACGGACUGACAUUAGAUGAAGGUCGAUUACCGAAUACUCACAUCGCAAAUUAUUGUCGAAAAAUGGAUUUACUUAUAUGAAAAUAGCUGAAUGAUGAAUAAUGUCAAGAUAUGGACAGGCUUCUAUAAAGUAGCUGACCACAUAAUGUUAAAAAAUGUUUGUGUGUGUGUGUGGGAGGGACACAUAAGAAGGGAGCUAAUCAAGGAAAUAGAAGCGACUAGUCUCAGUUUCUCCUCCUUUCCCCCUCCUCCUCCUCUCCCUCCGACUGAUAGCAGCUGGCUCAAGGUCAGAUCGCUUACACCACUACUACCAUCACGGACAGUAAGAUACGAACCGACAGGGCCAUCAGGAAACAGAAACCCAGCCAAUCUACUCACCUCCCUCUCCCACCAAAGUCCCUCCCUCUUCCAAUAGCCUACGUCACAUCACUGAUAAUUGCGGCAAGGCUCGCACGCCGGGCGGCUAUAACGGCAUUUUUUUAAUUUUAUACCCAGGGUUGGGAGGUAGGUAGUGGGGGUGAGUGGGUAGGAGGGGCGGCCAACGCCGCCUGCACAGUCGAUGCACACCUGCGGGUGCCAGCUUUCGCUCUGUCGGUGGGACAGAGACUUUACCUGUGCGGAGGAAGCCUGCUGUGUCUAUCCAUCGAAAUGUGUUUCCUUCCCUCCAUCACAGAUAUCGCACCUCCGCGGGCUUCCACCACCUUUGGAGCGUAGCGACGAGGAAACAUCAUUAUCAUCGAUAAGGUGCGAGGAUUACUUUUAAUUAAUUUUUUUAAAAGCAGCAGUUUGUGGAGUGGAGGCGCCUGGGCUGUGUGGGUGUGACAGAUGGAUGGCCACCGAGCGGGAUGCGAGUCUGCAGCAGAAUAACGGACACAGACGUCAGAUAGAGUCUUAACGAGGGCAUCGCCUGUUUAUGACCUGCGCACCGCCGAGUGUUCCUGAGCCUCGGACAUUUUUCUCUCAUCACAAACCGACCUGCUCCUGUGAACGCGGACAGACAACGUCAUCCUCAACACAACGCCUGACAGGUGUGACAAGUGACAUCUCGGUGACACUCGAGGCUGUGACCGCGCGUGAUCUUUAGGAACUGACACUAACUGCACGUGACCCUGUGUCGUCUUCCAUUCUUGCCACAUCACUUCCGCUCAGUCUCCCUAAACGACAGGAGGAGAAUGGAGAGUAGCCCUCCCCUACCCUAGAUCCAACAGACAUCUUUCCUUGCUACGUCAGAGAGAAAACUUUUAAAACUUAAUAAGUGCAGCUGCCCGAAACAUUUUCGUUUCCAUGUAAGUAAACUACAAACAAACAAAAUGAUGGAACGACAUUUUGAGGGUGUUUGAUUCGUGACCAAUGAUUACUGGCUUAAUCAAUUGUGGGAUUCAAACCUCUUCAAAACGAACUGGGAUGGCACCGGAAAGCAACGGCCGGAUGAGCGGCUUGAAGUCAGUUCACUGACCUGGAACACGGCCAAGAAGGAAUCUCUGGUUAAUGCGCAUUGCAAGUCCAAACUUCUCUGGAAGCGACUGCACCUGAAAGUAGUUAAAGUGUUAUGAAAAGCGUGAAAUUCAGGAACUAGCCCCUGUAGGUAUCACAGCUUAAUAGUUGGAACUAACAACAGUUGGCUGUACGGAAAUCUACGUGAUCAAGACGUAAAAACCCCGUGAUCAAGAGGCACGUCAUUUUCACGUAAAAGUCACGCCAUCAGGACGUAAAAGCUACGCAAUAGUGACGUAGAUUUGGUUCACUGCAGUCAAGGGCAACGAAAAAAUAUGCUUGCCGGCAUGGAUGGCGGCAUGAGUGCAUACUUGACGGGUGGGGUCCACCCUCACCAUUACUCAAGCCCAUUGGAUGCUGGCAGCUCCAUGGUCACGUGCGGAGGAGGACAAGUCCCUUCCUCCCCCAUUCAUCUGGCGCAACCACACCAUCACCACCAUCACCCCCAACACCAGCACCAGCAGCAUGCUUCCAGCCUGCUUUCUGGUAGUGGGGCCGGGGCUGGUGGCCUGGCUGGCUACUCCACGUCCAUGCGACACGUAUCCAACUACGACACCGGCUACAGUACCUACGGUUCCGACGACGGCACGCAGCUGUACCCCAGGUUCCCACCCUACGACCGCCUGGACGUCAGGCCCAUCGCCUCCCCUGCUUCGCUGCGUCCCCACCCUCAGGCCAGCCAUCUGCCUGCUGACUACUUCCGGUCGGGCGCGCCCCUGGCCAUGACCCCGACUUCUAGCGACAACAGCCUCCUGGCUCCCGAUGUCAAGGUGCACAAUUCGUGUCGCAUCGCUUCCAGAACUCCCGGCAUCCCCCACCAUGGCCACACUGCGGCCGCCGCUGUCACUUCCCCCGCCUCAACCCACACCACAACCAACGCCAGCAGCAACAACACUCACGGAGACUGCUCUUCUUUCUCUUCCCCUCCACCCCUUGGGAACCCCCACGGCGGACAGCCACAACCACAGCCGCCUCCGCCACAGCCGCAGAAUCCUUACACUAGCUUGUCGCACCACAGUCCUGCAGCAGAGCACCACACCGCAGGCGCACCACACCACAGCACCCUUCCUUCGGGUCAAAGUUCGGAAUCUUCGCUGGACGACAGUGCAGGAUUUACGGCCUGUUCCUAUGGCAACCCUCCUCAUAAAUACGAGGGAGGGGAGAGCGCAAGCGACGGGUCCCAGUCUGCCACCCCCUCACCACACCAUCCGGGGCCCCUGGGGCAGGGGGCCACCGAGGAAGGGGCUCCGUGCGACUCGGACACGGAGGGAGAAAUGGAUUGCAAGGGAGACAACAAUGAGGGAGGAUGCACCGGAGGAAACCUUUCCCAGGCCACGAUCUACCCGUGGAUGAGGAGUCAAUAUGGUCCAAACAGAAAGCGCGGUCGGCAGACGUACACGAGGUACCAGACGCUGGAGCUGGAGAAGGAGUUCCACUUCAACCGUUACCUCACGCGCAGGCGCAGAAUUGAGAUUGCGCAUGCGCUGUGUCUGACGGAGCGCCAGAUCAAGAUCUGGUUCCAGAACCGCCGCAUGAAGUGGAAGAAAGAAUGUCGGCAGUUAGAGACUUUCAACGUGGCUGCGGACCCAAGAGCUGACUCAGAGAAGGACAAAUGAGGGUCAGUUUCUCGGAGAGGAAUACACGACCUCACAUUCUCGCAGGAUACUCGUAACUUUAUGGAAGGAAAAUAAAAGGCUUUAAGAAAAAGAAGAAAGAAAAGAAAGAAAAAAGACGUGACUUUGAUGAAGAGUGAGUAACAUGAUCUCUUGAAGAAUGAUAAACAAUACAAGUCUCUCCAUAAGAAAAACGUGGCAUUACUUUCUUUGAUAUGGAUACAUGACGUCACUUCCUCCCAGAAGAAAUUAUAUGGUCACUUCUGCGGAGAAGUUUACAUGUAACUCUCUUUUUAGGACGUAAGACGAGCAGAGUUCUUCCCAAGAAAACAUGUUCCGGUCUGUAUCUUCUGUACUGUGCGAGCACGGCAAAUUCCAGUUCUGUGAAUGUUUCUCUCCCCCGAGAGGGGAAAACUGCAGAAAGGAAACUUGUCCAAAGAUGUAAACUAUGGAAGCGUUGCGGUAAUUUGAAAAAAACACAAAAAAACAUGUCCUGUACAGCCAGAAAGAUUAUGCAUCUUGAAUAAUUUUUUUAUUGUUGAUAUUUUUAUUAAUGUGACCAUUCCUCUAGGUCUGCUGAAUUUUUCGGUUUUUAUAAUUAUUUCAUUAGAAAUAUGCAGCGCACAUCCAUUAAAAAAAAGUAUUUAAAAAAUCGGAGCCGCAAAGGACCGUUUCAAGGGGACGUAACUCUCAGACGAGAGACGCCAUGUUGAGUGGCCCUGGGUUUGUGAAUGAAGUAAUGACGAGUGUGGUGUAAUGUGUGGGUGGUGUGACAUUGUUACCACAGGGGUAACUGGUCAGUAGCUUUACAUACAACGCAUAAUACAAUCUUUCGCUCCUUAGCAAGGGACUGAACUCGACAGAAACGACCCCUUGUUUAAUCACUGCCUGUUGUACUGAUUUUUGUUUCAAACUCUCACUUAUCACCAUCACCACACCAACCACCUCAAGUCCCAACCCGUGUCCACCCGUUCCUGCUACACGGUGGUUCAAGAAUAAGUUAAUGUUCGAGACCUGAGCAAGUGUCUCAGAGAUUCCAUGUCUCUUGUGACUGUCGGGUGGAUCAGCCAUUGAACAUGUGGACUCAGUAUUACAAUUUAUGUGCAAAGGAGAAGAGACUCAGAAUUUUUCUUUGAACAGAUGGUAAGCAACAAUUGUAAGUGCAACUCGCUUCAAGGUGAGAUUAAAAGUGUAACAUGUAGUUGAGAGGUUGAGUAGGUUUCAGCUGAUUCUUGAAAAAGAAAAAAAAAAAACUUCUCCUCUCAGUGCUUUCCGGGUGGGAGAUGAUUGGCAGGUAGUGCAGGGCAGAAGGCAAAGGGAAACCUUCACAAAAUUAAUUCUUUCCAACAUUCGUAACGUUUUAGAGAGAAAAUGCGAGAGUAUACGAUAGUGUUUAUAAUGCGACUGCUGAAUGGGGGAAAAAGGUCUAAUUUCAAAUAUAACACUAUCACGUGACUUUUUCCUUUUAGUUUUUGUUGUUACUGUUUUGUUUUGUUUUCUUUGUUUAGAAAAAAAACUGUCGUUAAUUCAUGUUAUUAUCUAUGUGGCGUAAAGAGUCUAUCUUCGUUUAUAUUUCAUUUAUGUUUUCCUGAGGACAAGAGUAUCUAACUGUUUAUUUAUUUGAGCAUAACGUACUUGUCAGUCGUGUUUACUUACCUGUUCUACGUGGUCAGUAGCUCGGAACUCAAUAGGACUCUUCGAGAGGAGUGGACAUAGAAUAUUAAGCUGAAGGAAAGAAGUAAUGAAGGCGAUAAUUUACAGCUGGCAGUUCCAAAGCAAAUCUUACACAUCAUCUGAUGUGCGUGCGUGCGUGCGUGCGUGCGUGCGUGUGUGUGUGUGUGUGUGUGUGCGUGCGUGCUCGCGCGAUUAAAUGAGUGAGUGCUUAGACAGUACUCAGUAACAAAUGCUGUGCUUUGAACUUUUAAUAAUUCUGUGUCAAAAGCUCUAAAUAACUGCAUAAUAAGGAUUUUUCUCCUUUGCAUGGCUUUAGAUUAUCUUUUUACUUACAUAUUUGGAUGUUCGUCUUCCCAGACUCUGUGUCUCUGUAUAAGGUAAAUAUUUCAUUACUGAAUUAUGUACUCAACGAUUGUAAUGCGAUCGUACAUCCCUACUUCUCUGCACAGUGACCAAUGGAAAAUAAAAUUCGUUUAUCAUCUAAAUUCGAUAACAGAACUUUCGACAAGUUAGUCGGAAAAACAAAAUUCGAUCUGAUUUUUGACUUGCAUGUUAAUCAUUACACCUGAAUGAUUGAUUACCAGUGGCUUUGAAGUUUGGCGGUGUAACUAAUAAUCCAAUUAUAAAUUAACUGAUUAUUAAUUUUUUUAAAAAGGAAUGUUAAUAAGUAGGCUUCGUUGACAUGUUCUUAUCGUCAUUGUUAUGGAUGAUAUGACUAAAUAAAUUUUAAAAAACCAGACGAAAAAAAGGACUAAAAACGAAAAACGAAAAAACAAACAAAGAGAGAGAAAGAAAAAAUAACUAAGGCGAAAUCUCCCACGUUUGAAAUAAAUCAGUGAAAGUCA